UCCGUCGCAUUUUACUAUGUCAUACAGUUCAAAGGUCGUGUAACUGUCGCGGGAAAUAGUCGUCGACGACUGAUUUUCGCCGUGUGUUUUGUCAUUCAGAAAGCCACUAUGAUCUAUACGUGUUAUCUUCGUUUACUCAUGUGGACGCCGGGACAGUGUUUACGGUCGUGACAGCUGUAGUGGUGAAACAGAGUUUAGGCUGUCAAACAGACUGAUCCACAAACCGACUUCCACUCAUUCCAAUAGUGUACUUGCUAACCAAGCUGUGCUAGUCAGCUAACGGUGUUGGUGGAGCAACAUGAGGACGUCAAAUCCCGGUGUGACAGAUAUGUUUCAAAGAGGAAAGGUCCUGAAAAUAUGUGCCCCGAUGGUUCGGUAUUCCAAGUUGGCAUUCAGAUCUUUGGUAAGGAAAUAUGACUGUGAAAUUUGCUUCACUCCAAUGAUAGUCGCUGCGGACUUCAUGCGAUCUGUCAAAGCCAGAGACAGUGAAUUCACAACAAAUGAAUCUGACCGACCUCUUAUUGUGCAGUUCGCUGCUAGCGAUGCCCAGACCUUGGCUGAUGCAGCCUGCGCAGUUGCUCCUUUCUCAGAUGGAGUUGAUCUCAACUGUGGCUGUCCCCAGAGAUGGGCCAUGUCAGAGGGUUAUGGUGCAUGCCUUAUCAACAAGCCUGAACUUGUCAAAGACAUGGUCAGAAAGGUCCGAAACCAAGUGGAUAAUCCUAACUAUACAGCAUCCAUCAAAAUAAGAAUUCACAAGGAUCUAAGGCAGACAGUAGAUCUUUGCCAGAAGGCUGAGUCAGCCGGUGUGUCCUGGAUCACAGUUCAUGGGCGUACAGCAGAUGAACGGCACCAGCCAGUCCACUAUGAUGCCAUAAAGACGAUAAAAGACAGUGUGUCCCUCCCUGUCAUUGCAAAUGGUGACAUAAAGUGUCUCCGUGAUGUGGAAUCCAUUCACCGGCUCACUGGUGUUGAUGGUUUGAGACCCAAGAUGACAUUGCAGUGGACUUCCGUGGCUUUCUUUCUCUACGUGGAAGUUGGCGUUCUUCUCAUCCUUUGUUUGCCAUUCAUCUCAGCAAGGAGAUGGCAGAUUAUAUUCCAGUUGAGCAUCUGGAACAGUGUGGCUAGGUUCUGGAACAAGGUGUUUCUCACAAUGAUCAUAAUUCUUGUUGUUCUCUUCCUUGAUGCUGUGCGCGAGGUGAGGAAAUAUUCAAGUUCAGACCAUGGAAAGGAUGCUAAGCUGCACCCUAAUAUGUUUGAUCACCUCCACAUGAAGCUCUUCAGAUCCCAGAGGAACCUCUACAUUUCUGGCUUCUCCCUUUUCCUUUGGCUGGUCAUGAGGCGGGUAAUAACUCUGAUCAACCAACUGGCAACAGCCUCUGGCGCCAUUGCUGCCCUUCAGACACAGGCAGAGCACACCAGCCAGGCUGCCAAGAAAUACAUGGAGGACAAUGAGCUGCUAAAACAGACUCUGAAGGACGGUAAGGGCGAUAAGACCACUGUAGAGGGCAUGGAGCUGUUGAAAAAAGAGGUGGAGAAGCUUAAAGGAGAACUGAAAACCGUAGAAGAUGCCCUGAAGAACUCCCAUUCUGAAGCAGGGGCAAUGAAGAAGCAGACUGACAGCCUGGCUAAGGAGUAUGACAGACUGUUAAAAGAAAACCAAGUACUACAGAAUAUUCAUGACAGCGAAAACAAAAAGGACAACUAGAUACCAUGUGGAAAACAAGUACAAGUUACCUUUGACUGAUGUCUUGAGCCACAAUCCUCCAAGGCCUACUGAGUUUAAUUAACAUCUGUAACAGCUUUGAUAUAUAGUUAAAUUAUAUUUGAGAAGUAAGUUGACCUGGUGGGAAAUUUUAUUUUUCAUUGGGCUCCCAUGCUUUUGCAGUUGUGGUUCAGGGUAGAGACUAUGUGAUUAAUGAGAUUUUCUCAAGUGCAAACCCUAUCUGUCAGGCAGAUUAGUUGGUAAACACAACUAAGUGGAUUUGGUGUCGAGGUCUGAUCACAGAGCACUUGCUUAGUAGUAAUACAUUACUAGGAUGUCAAUUAUUUUAUUGCAUUUCAUUUGUCACUUAUUUCUUGAUAGUCGCACACCUCAGAGCACUGGAAUUGCCAUAGAAUAUUUUUCAACCGAAGCCAAACUGUACUAUUGCAAUCAAGAGCUGUGGUAAUGUGCAGUGAAUGUACUUUAGUGCAGUGGGUCUGCUACUUUAUUUCUGCAUGUAGCACAGCUCUGUUGCAGGCACUUCAGUCUUAAACGUAAACUCUGUGUUCUUGCAUGGCUACUCUUUAUAGUGUUUCACUUGAGCAUGUUUUUGUAUAGUAAUGGUAAAAUUGCUGUUGGACAAUGAAUUUUGAUACUUUUUUCUGUUUUAUUCCAUGUUGUAUGUAUUCUGUGCUCCAUUUUUGGAAUCAUAUAAAAAGUGUUUACGUCAGCUGACAUUUCUGACAUGUUUUUAAUCCGUUUAUCUUUUUUUACUCAUUAAGUGUCAGAGAAAAUAUGCUCUAUCAUGACUGUUGAAAGGGCUUUUUUUUCUUUCUUUUCUUUUUUUUUCAGUUUUAGCAAGCGAGAUUAUCAGGUGUUUAAACCCAGCCCUGUUUUCAGUUUCUCCCAAAUUAAAGAAACUAGUAAAGCUGUGUGACGGUUAAAAAUAGUCCUGUGUAAAUUCCCUAAGUCAGAGAUGAAUGACUUCAAUGUUUCUGCCAUUUGGAAAGGUCCAAAAAUGUCUGACUUAUUUAGCAAAUAAUAUGCACUUAAUUGGGAGUCUUAUCAUUUUACUUAAACCCAGUGCUUUCACUACCUUUUGUCAUCUGAAGCUUUAAAUGUAGCCACAACUUAUUUACUGGAGCAUAAAGCAGUUGUUAUAUGAAAUAUUAGUUUUCUAGGCAUGCUUCUGGUAAGAAUGCUGUGAUAUUUUUCCAUUUUUGUUCAUGUUAUAGAAAUGAUGAAAGUGGCUCGGAUGAAUAGUUCAGUAUUUUUGUGAAUAAAGAUACAUUUCCUUAUUCUGUGUUGGUCAGAAGACUGCAACACACAGUUUGGGCUCAUCUCCGCCCCGUGCAA